CAGACCUAAAAUGAUGGACCUGGGGAAGUAUGUGAGAGUGUGAGGGGCAUGAGUAUGUGUAGAGUGUGCGCGCAUCUCUCUCCCUUAUUUGUCUCGGUGUGCGUCUCUCCCUUACCCUCCCCCUGCCUCAAAUACAUUAUUCCCCCAGACUUGGAAGCCGCUCCCAGAGCUGACGCUUUGAUGGUAUCUGCAAGCGUUUGUGCCGAUCUUAUUUCUGCCCCCUGAAUAUUAAUUUCCAAAGCUGAUGGCAAUACAGCUCCCCACUGUCGGGACCUACUAGAGGCAGGUGGGGGGAGCCACCAUCAGAUCAUAAGCAUAAUAAUAAUACAAAGGGGAGGGAUUCUUCUGCAACCAAGAGACUAGAGGCAGAGGAGGAAAAAGAAAAAAAAAAAAAACCCGAUGAGUUCGACAAAUACAUGGGGCACAGGAAGCUCAGACUACUCGACUCCUGUAUUUUCACAGAAAAUGACGGUGUGGAUUCUGCUCCUGCUAUCGCUCUACCCUGGCCUCACUAGCCAAAAAUCUGAUGAUGACUAUGAAGAUUAUGCUUCUAACAAAACAUGGGUCUUGACUCCAAAAGUUCCUGAAGGUGAUGUCACUGUCAUUUUAAAUAAUCUCCUGGAAGGAUAUGACAAUAAACUUCGGCCUGAUAUAGGAGUGAAACCAACAUUAAUUCAUACAGACAUGUACGUGAAUAGCAUUGGUCCAGUGAAUGCUAUCAAUAUGGAAUACACAAUUGACAUAUUUUUUGCUCAAACAUGGUAUGACAGACGUCUGAAAUUUAACAGCACCAUUAAAGUCCUCAGAUUGAAUAGCAACAUGGUAGGGAAAAUCUGGAUUCCAGACACUUUCUUCAGAAACUCCAAAAAGGCUGAUGCACACUGGAUAACCACCCCUAAUAGGAUGCUGAGAAUUUGGAAUGAUGGUCGAGUGCUCUACACCUUAAGGUUGACAAUUGAUGCAGAGUGCCAACUGCAGUUACACAAUUUUCCGAUGGAUGAACAUUCCUGCCCCUUGGAGUUCUCCAGCUAUGGCUAUCCACGUGAAGAAAUUGUCUACCAAUGGAAGCGUAGUUCUGUUGAAGUGGGUGACACAAGAUCUUGGAGGCUUUAUCAAUUUUCAUUUGUUGGACUGAGAAAUACCACUGAAGUAGUGAAGACAACUUCUGGAGAUUAUGUGGUCAUGUCUGUCUACUUUGACCUGAGCAGAAGGAUGGGAUACUUCACCAUCCAGACCUACAUCCCCUGCACGCUCAUUGUUGUCCUAUCCUGGGUAUCUUUCUGGAUCAAUAAGGAUGCUGUUCCAGCCAGAACUUCUUUAGGUAUCACCACUGUCCUGACAAUGACCACCCUCAGCACUAUUGCCCGGAAGUCACUCCCCAAAGUCUCCUAUGUUACAGCAAUGGAUCUCUUUGUAUCUGUUUGCUUCAUCUUUGUCUUCUCUGCUUUGGUGGAAUAUGGCACCCUGCAUUAUUUUGUCAGCAACCGGAAACCAAGCAAGGAUAAAGACAAAAAGAAGAAAAACCCUCUUCUUCGGAUGUUUUCCUUCAAGGCACCAACCAUUGAUAUCCGCCCAAGAUCAGCAACCAUUCAAAUGAACAAUGCCACUCACCUUCAAGAGAGAGAUGAAGAAUAUGGGUAUGAGUGUCUGGAUGGCAAGGACUGUGCCAGUUUCUUCUGCUGUUUUGAAGAUUGCCGAACAGGAGCUUGGAGACAUGGGAGGAUACAUAUUCGUAUCGCCAAAAUGGACUCAUAUGCACGGAUCUUCUUCCCCACUGCCUUCUGCUUAUUCAAUCUGGUUUAUUGGGUUUCCUACCUUUACCUGUGAAAGAGGUAUGGGUUUUAUUGAUGUGGGUCUUAUUCACUAAAUCUCAUGGAGAGAAGAUGUCCUUUCUAAGUCCACUUGAAGAAUCCCCUGUGUGGUUUAUGAUAAUUUGAAUUUGUUUCUAUGUUCUAACCUGCUAAACUGUAUUGAUGUCAUAUUGUUUGCGCCCAACUCUCCUGUGGUAAGUGUAAUUUGAACUUUAAUGUUUGCUGUGUUUCAAACCUGCAAGGCAAAGUGAAAUUAGAGCAAGAACACUGAAACCCAACAAGAUAUUUUUCAGCUACAAUGAUUGAAAUCAUGGAAGCCAUGACUACUUACAGUGGUGGUGUCCUUAAUCAAUUCAAGAUACAAUUAGACGCAAAAGGUCCAAAACCGUACCCUAUGUUCAUUUGGGGGCAGGUUGUAGUAAAUUUGGUCCCAGUAGGAUAUCUCCCUCAUUUGAGAAAAAUCACAAGUCACUUUAAAUAUAAGAGUCUAGACUAGAAAUCUAUUACACCUCUAUCUCAAGAUAGGAAGAAAAUUUCCUCCACCUCACAUGUACAAUGAUGUAAAUAUUUCAGUAACGUAGACUGCUUCAAGUUUAAUGCAUGCAUCUCUUUAGAGCCAAAAUAAAUGGAAUGAAGUUAACAUCA